UCAGCCACACUGAAGCAGUGCGUGUAGUCUGUUUGGACGCCAGGACCUUCGAAGAGACCAUGAUGUUGGGCACCGAAGGCGGAGAAGGAUUCGUGGUGAAGGUUCGGGGUUUGCCCUGGUCUUGCUCGGCCGAUGAAGUGCAGCGUUUUUUCUCCGACUGCAAAAUUCAAAAUGGGGCCCAAGGUAUUCGUUUCAUCUACACCAGAGAAGGCAGACCGAGUGGCGAGGCUUUUGUUGAACUUGAAUCAGAAGAUGAAGUCAAAUUGGCCCUGAAAAAAGACAGAGAAACUAUGGGACACAGAUAUGUUGAAGUAUUCAAGUCAAACAACGUUGAAAUGGAUUGGGUGUUGAAGCAUACUGGUCCAAAUAGUCCUGACACGGCCAAUGAUGGCUUUGUACGGCUUAGAGGACUCCCCUUUGGAUGUAGCAAGGAAGAAAUUGUUCAGUUCUUCUCAGGGUUGGAAAUCGUGCCAAAUGGGAUAACAUUGCCGGUGGACUUCCAGGGGAGGAGUACGGGGGAGGCCUUCGUGCAGUUUGCUUCACAGGAAAUAGCUGAAAAGGCUCUAAAGAAACACAAGGAAAGAAUAGGGCACAGGUAUAUCGAAAUUUUUAAGAGCAGUCGAGCUGAAGUUAGAACUCACUAUGACCCACCACGAAAGCUUAUGGCCAUGCAGCGACCAGGUCCCUAUGACAGACCUGGUGCUGGCAGAGGGUAUAACAGCAUUGGCAGAGGAGCUGGCUUUGAGAGGAUGAGGCGUGGUGCUUAUGGUGGAGGCUAUGGAGGCUAUGAUGAUUACAAUGGCUACAAUGAUGGCUAUGGAUUUGGAUCAGAUAGGUUUGGAAGAGACCUCAAUUACUGUUUUUCAGGGAUGUCUGAUCACAGAUAUGGGGAUGGUGGCUCUACUUUCCAGAGCACAACUGGACAUUGUGUACACAUGCGGGGAUUACCAUACAGAGCUACCGAGAAUGACAUUUAUAAUUUUUUUUCACCGCUCAACCCUGUGAGAGUACACAUUGAGAUUGGUCCUGAUGGCAGAGUAACUGGUGAAGCAGAUGUUGAGUUUGCAACUCAUGAAGAUGCUGUGGCAGCUAUGUCAAAAGACAAAGCAAAUAUGCAACACAGAUAUGUAGAACUCUUCUUGAAUUCUACAGCAGGAGCAAGCGGUGGUGCUUACGAACACAGAUAUGUAGAACUCUUCUUGAAUUCUACAGCAGGAGCAAGCGGUGGUGCUUAUGCAAACCAAUCCAGUUAUGGUGGCCCAGCCAGCCAGCAGCUGAGUGGAGGUUAUGGAGGUGGCUAUGGCGGCCAGAGCAGCAUGAGUGGAUACGACCAAGUUUUACAGGAAAACUCCAGUGAUUUUCAAUCAAACAUUGCAUAGGCAGCCAAGGAGCGGCGAGCAGCACCUACUACAGUAGUGGAAGCCACACGUCUCUGGGCGUGAGCGGAGUGGGAGGGAUGGCUAGCGUACCCAGUAUGAGUGCUGGGUGGGGAAUGUAAUUGAUCCUCAUCACUGACUCUUGGUCAGCUUUUUAAAAAAAAAAACAAAACUUCAGUUUAACAGUUUUUGCAGUCAAGCCUGUGAUUUAUGCUUACUCUAAAAGUGGAGAUUGGCAGUGUUUUAAGGACUUGGUCAACACAGGAGUCAUCUAGAUGUCCCAGCGAAGUUGAGGAAAUUAUAACCGUUAAGCAAUUUUCAGCUUUUUCUCCAGUUAGUCAUAUUGUAGGAUGUACUUAAGCAGUAAGCGUAUUUAGGUUAAAGCAGUUGAAUUAUGUUAAAUGUUGCUCUUAUACCACAUUACAUUGAACACUGUUUGAAUGCAUGUUGAAAGACAUGCUUUUUUGUAAAACUCAAUAUAGGAGCUGUGUCUACAAUUAAAAGUGAAACAUUUGGCAUGUUUGUUAAUUCUAGUUUCAUUUGAUAACCUGUAAGGCACGUGAGUUUAAGCUUUUUUUUUAAGUUAAGGGGGAAAUUUUGAGACGCAAUACCAAUACUUUAGGAUUUUGGUCUUGGUGUUUGUUUGAAAUUCUGAGGCCUUGAUUUAAAUCUUUCAUUGUAUUGUGAUUUCCUUUUAGGUGUAUUGCGCUAAGUGAAACUUGUCAAAUAAAUCUUCCUUUUAAAAAGUGCACUUUGUCUUGUCUAUGCUUCAGUAUCAUGUGGACUCUUUUUUUGGUGCUCUGUUCCCACCUGGGGCAUAAGUCUAUGUCUCUGGCUGUGGCAGAGAGGCUCGUCAGCUGAGGCUGUUUGUGUACUUCAGACUUCUCUUCCCUCCAGUGCAACAGCAGGUAAACUUGGCUUUAGGGCCCUUAUGGAGGGACUGUUUUGGUCUGGCUGUAUAGGACCUGAUCUGAAGCCUGUACUUAGCUAAGCAUGUGCAGAAGGCAAAGGGGUGAGGUGCCAGCACCCACUGCAUGGCCUGCAUGUUCAGGAGGCCUUCAGGCUUGGCUGAGAGGUGCCAGUGGCAAGGGGUGACUGGAAGUCACAAUUCCUGAUCUGCUGUCGGCUUUUGAACUUUGUAUGUACGGCAUGUCUUCUAGGUUGUACGUAAUGGAUUUUUUUUGAACCCAGGGUGUAGCCCAUGCCAGGCAAGCAUUCUGCCACUGAGGGGCACCCAUAGACUUUAGAUUUUAGAAUUGAGUUUGCUUUAUGUUUUUGCCUCAUUCUUGAAAGUCAGCUCCACUGGGAACAAAAUGCCUUUCUGUAGGGAGUACCAAAUAGUUGUUUUUUAUUCAUAUGUGCCCAAAUAGUAUUUCUUAA